AUGCAGCGAUCAUUCCCUUACCUUGACUCUCGUCCUUCUUUUACCGCUAUGGCAGCCGCAAGUCCCGAUAUCAGAAAUAGAGGACUUGGUGUAGUUCUAGGCCAACAUUCGAUGUCUUCCCAGGGAAAUCUGCAUGCCCAGACCCUCUUCGAGGUCAAAGACUUUGCAGCAGUCGUGACAGGUGGUGGUUCCGGGAUUGGUCUCAUGGCAGCGCACACUCUGGCAGACAACGGUGCUCGCGUCUAUAUAUUAGGGAGACGACUUGAUGUCCUCCAGAGGGCUGCUGAGAAGUACUCUGGAGGCAAUGGAGGCGGAAAGAUCGUCCCAAUCUCAGGAGACUUCACCCAUACUGAUGGCAUUCGAACCUUGAUCGCCGAAAUCGGAAAACAUGAGCCCGGCGGGAUCAACAUUCUCAUCAACAAUGCCAGCGUAACCGCCGAAGACAAGGCACGCCAGGAAGCUCACGACAUUGACUUCAGCAACGCCGAGGCUGUGAGCAAAUGGAUGGUCGAGGACGGGCCCGACGCGUGGCGUCAAGAGUACGCGGGCAACAUUGCAGCACACCAUUUCUUUACAGCGGCAAUGUUGCCCCUGCUCAACAAAGCACGACAGCAGACACACGGUCAUUCGAGCGCCAUCAUCAACAUCGCCAGUGCAGCAGGGCUCACCAAGACCCACUCGCAUGGCCAAUUCGCGUACUCCUCGACCAAGGCAGCCUUUAUGCACCUGACCAAGGAGUGGGCGCAUACUUUCCUCCCAUUGAGGAUCAGAGUUAAUUGCAUUGCGCCGGGCGUGUUUCCGCCCUUUCUGCCUGAUGACGGGCUGGAUGAGAGUCAGAAGGCGAAGCUAGAAAAGGUUGGGCAUCAGAUACCGGCCGGACGCCCAGGAAAGGAAUCAGACAUUGGAAGUGCCAUCCUCUACCUCUGCAGCCGAGGCGGAACAUACGUGAAUGGACAAAUUCUUCACGUCGAUGGCGGCAUCCUACUGAAGACGCCCUCGACCACUUGA